AAUACUUACAUAAUUUACGUAAAAAUCCACAUUUUAACGAUCAUGUUGGAGUAAUAAAACGCUUACCAAUUUUUAAAGAGAUUGGUCAAAAUGUGAUGAUUGAUUUGGAAUCAAAUGAAAAGAAUUGGCACCUUUUACCACGAGAGUAUGAAAAUCCGAUAAUUGUAUCAUCAAAUACUAUCAAUUUUCUUGCUGUGACCUCAGAAGCCACACGUUAUUUAUUAGAAGACGUUAUUAAAAUUCCACGCUUACCACAAAAAAGGUUUUGGAUUGAAUGUGUGAUACCAUAUUUGAAAUCCAAACCAAAUAUCGAUAUUGAAGUUCUCGAAAAGCUUUUUGAUCAAUUGCCGUCAAAACUUCUUCGUUCAGACCGUUCUCUCAGGAACGAACUUGCAAAUACCACUUUUGUGCCUGGUGGAACAAUUCGAAUGGCUCAAGAAAAAGAAGGUCUUGGCACGGUUAAUUGUAAGCCUAUUGAUCUAUUUGAUCCCAGCCAUGAAAUUUCUCAAUUAUUUUUUGAUGAUGAAAAAGUUUUUCCAGCUGGAAAGUUUUCUAGCGAACAUUACGAUAUUUUAAAAAAACUGGGUAUUAAGACUUCACUUACACAAAUGGAUAUUAUUGAGCGCAUUAAGAUCUAUAUUGAGCGCAGAGAAAAAAGAAAUAACAUCAAUUCUAAUGAUUUGCAUGACAAAUCACUUAACUUGUUUAGAUAUAUCGAUAAGCAUUGGAAUUCAUUUGAAAGCAUGAAAAAUACGGAAUUUUCGUCUGCUAUCAAGUCUUCACAAUGGAUUCCAACUAUUGAUAAAACUGGGAAGAAGAUAUUUUCUUGUUGGCAUAAAGAUGAACUUCGUGAUAAAAAAAAUAAAUCUUUAGUAUUAUUGGUCGUUCCAAUUCUUGACUAUCAAGUUGAAAGCCUUUCACUUCGUGAGUUUUUAGGAUGGAAUACACAUCCUCCUUCAGAACUCAUUCUUCAACAAAUACACCAAUGCUCUAUAAUGUCUAAAAGUGAUCUAAAUUUUAAAAAUCGAUCUCAAAUUUGCGAAGCGAUUUAUGAGCAUAUUAAUGAAGCUUUGUCAUGUGAUGACGAGCAGUAUAAGUUAGAAUUAAGUAAAGGAUUGAAAAACAAAAAAUGGAUCUUUUGCGGUGGGAAUUUUUAUGCAGCAAAAAAUGUAUUUUUUGAUCUUUCAGAGAAUCUUGGAAGGAAUUUUAUUCAAUUGUCCGAUGAUUAUCGAAAUAGGUUUAAAAAAGUAUUUGAAUAUAUGGGAGUCGAAAAAACAAUUGAAAUUAAUGAUUUGAUUAAAAUUAUUAACGAAAUUGAACUUGAAGCAAACCAUAAUUCUUUAUCUGAAGAGAAAUUGUCUGAAAUAAUUAAAUUUCUAAGACAUAUUGCUGAUAAACGAACUAAGGAGGAAGUGCAAAUUUGCGAUUUGAAAGGCUUACUUAUUCCAAGUGCUGAUUCUACUCUUUUUAAACAUAAGGAUGUUUAUUUUGAUGAUCGGCCUGAACUUAACAAAGAAGAGAAGAAGAAUUAUAAACUCUCACAUCCGAAAAUAACGCCUGAGCUUGCAGAGAAUCUUGGAAUUCGGAUGCUCUCCACUAUAUUUUUAAAAUGCUGCGAGAUUGAAUUUGAAGCUUCUGAACAAUCUGUGCCUUCAAUACCUAGAAUAAAAAAUAUUAUUAAUGUAAAUGUUGACAACGCUGAUGAUGUGGGGGCACGAAGAUUUUCCAUCUAUCUUGAUGAAAGGAAAUUCGAUAAGAAUUUCGAACAAUCCACACUCUUAUCUAAAGAAAUGCAUAAUUGGCAAGGUCCAUCCGUUUGGAUUUACUACGAUAAGAGUAUUGAAGAAAAUGAUUUUUCUAAUCAUAAAAACAAGAUAGGUCACGCAGGAAUUAUUUCUUCUUACUAUUUAACUGAUAUUUUAUCUUUUGUGAGUGGAAACAAUGUAACGUUCCUUGAUCCUCAUGCAUGGUUUCUUCCAUUGCAAGGCUAUCCUCCUAAAAAACCUCGAAAAAUUCAAUUUAAUUUUCUUGAGAAUAAAUUUUUGGCCAAAUUCAAAGAUCAAUGUAACCCAUAUUUUGCCAUAGAAGAUUGUGAUUUUAAUAAAGAAUUUAAUGGCACUUUGUUUAGACUUCCGCUUAGAAGUAUCGAUUUAUCUAAACAAAGUUUAAUCUCGCAGAAUUCAACAAAACCUCAGGAAAUUCUAAAUUAUUUUCAGAACAUAAAAAAUCAUCAGGAACUUCUUUUCUUGAGAAAUGUCGAAUUAUAUAAUGUAUAUCAUAUAAAUAAGAAUGAGAAUAAACAGUUGAUAUGGGAAAUGGAAAUUCAAAAUCUAGGAGAUAAUAAUAGGAAUAUCCGCAGAAAAGUUGAUUACACACCGCAAGUUCUUCAGCUUAAUACAAGAAUGUAUGACACAAAAAAGACAACUUUCGAGUUAUGGCUUGUAUGCUUGGGUGGCAAUUCUGAAAAAAGUGUGGGUAAAAAUUUGAUAAAUUUUUCAAAAAAGAAAAGACUUAAGGCUUAUGGUGGUGUCGCCGCUAUUCUUGCACGGUCAGAUAAUGAAGAUGAUCUUUUAAAUAAAAUUCGUCCAAUAAAUUUAGAGGUCUAUAUAAAUGGUGAUUUUUAUUGGUCUUUAGAUGGGAAAGAUAUUUUACAAUCAAACAAUAACGAUAUCUAUGCAAAAUGGAAUCGACACAUAUUAUGUGAUGUACUUCCGCCUUUGCAUGUUAAAUUGUUGAAUGAGAUCGCUAAAAAAGAUUUAAAGCAAUUUAAGAAUUCUAAAACCAGUCCUGAAAAUUUUUCUCCUUACACAAUCAAAAAAUUCAUGCUUCUUGGUAAUGAAAAAGAAAUAGAAAAUACAUUAAUUGAUUCGUAUAGGACAAAAGUUCUACAAAGUCUUGGUGAUGGUGAAGUAUUUUGGACUGAAGCUGAAGGAGGAAAAUUUAUAUCACUAAAAAAUGCAUAUUUUUUUGAAGAGAGCGAUUAUGUUAUUGCUGAUAUUUUUUCCAAACAUGGUAUUUCAACUGUGAAGAUGGAUAAAUAUAAACUCGGUUGCCUAAACGAAAAAAUAAAAGGAAAAGAUUCUAUAAAUUCUCGGCAUAAAAUAUUACAAGAAAAUGUUAAUAUUCAAAGUGUCAUUGAACAGGAGGUGCAAAAGGAUUUUAUGAGUGGUAUAGGACUGUUAAAAUUCAUUUUGCAAGAUGAGAAUAAUAAUUUAUAUUCAAAACUCAAUGGGUUGAAAUUGGUGCCUUUAAAAAAUGAUUCUUUUGGCAUUUUUGGAAAACGUGAUUAUUAUAUAGCGGAAAAAAAAUGUCAAGAAAUAUUCUCAGAGUCUGAUCCUUCGCGCUUUAUUUAUGACUCAGAUGAUGAACUUAUUGAAGUUUUUAAGAAUGAGCGCUUUCUCGAACUUCGAAUUAAAAGACUUGAUACACAUGGCAUUCUUGACCUUUUGGCUGAGGAUCUUCCAGAUGAACAGGAGAUUAACUGGAAUCCUUCUUCAAAAUCGAUUCCCAAUCGGAAAUGGCUUGAUAAUGUAUUUAAAAAUAUAGAACUAGAUCAAACUAUAGAGUUGCCUAACCGUCCAUUGCUCCCGGUUAUUCGACCGAGUCACAAACUUGUUAAAAUAGACCCAACAAAUCCUUUAUUAAUCUAUCCGGACGAUAAUGACACUAUGAGCUUUAUAGUAGAAGUUCUUAUAAAAUUGGGAAUUUGCUUCACAGACAUGAAACUCCCCAAAAAAUGCACUUCUGCUCUGACGCAAAGUGUAUUAAGCUUUAAUGUCCCCAACGUUUUCAAAACUAUAAAGCAAUUAUCACGCGAUAUUUCCAUAGAAACACUUUUUAAUAAUGCUAAGUUGGAUGAUGAUGAUUAUAUUAAACUUAGAAAUUAUGUUAAAAGAUCUAUUAAAGGACAAAAUGAAAAAACUUUAAAUAUCAUUCGAGAACUUCCAAUUUGGCCAAUCCGUUUACCAAAAAAAAAUAGAUUCAUUUCUGCAAAUGUUAAGGGAAUAUUGCCGCCACAUAAUCUUUCAUGCCCCCCGCAAGACACUGACAUCUUUGAUGUACAAGAUGAAUAUUAUGAUGUUCUUAUUUCACUUGGAGUAGAAAAGAUUGAAGUAUGCGAUUUUUUUAAGCGAUAUUAUCGUAAUUCAGGCAAACCAACAGAACAAGAUGUGAAAUUCCUUAAGGAAAUUCUAUCACUUGGGGACGAAAGAAUUAAGAAUUACCUUUUAAGAGAACAUGAAAAAAUAACAAUUCCUAAUAAGAGUCUCAAAGCAUUCGUAAAGGCCAGUACUCUAUAUGACGCGAAUGUAGAUUUAUUUAAUCAAAUUUUCGAUGAUGAUAAAUUUCUUCCACUUGAAUUACAAGAAAGUAACAUUUGUCACAACAUUUUAUUAAAAAUGGGACUUAAACGAGACUUAAAUGGAAGCAUAUAUCUUGAAUGCGCUGAAGAAAUUCAAAAAAAAAUCAAUAAUGAUGGUUCAGAAAAAAGCUAUUUAAGUUCAUUCAAAAGUUUGAUUGGUUUUAAAAAUGACAAUGACAAAAUCCGGUCUGCCUCAAUAAAGUUGAUAAGUCUUCUGAAAGAAAAAUAUAAUAUAUUUAAUGACGAUGAAUUGAAACAACUUUACAAAAUAAAUUUUGUUCCCUCAAAAAAAGUUUUCAAGGGUCCUUAUAGCAAGUCUGCACUACCUACUUUGGGAUAUGAAUCUUUUAAUUCGUUAUGUUUUGCAAAAUAUCAAGAUAUAUGUUGGACGCAAGCAAAAUUUAUUUAUUCGGACAUUGAACUGCCCUUUGAUCUCCGCCCAGGCCUUAAAAUGGUCAUUAAUCAUUGGAUUAAAUUGUCUACUGAAGUUUUUCCUUCCGAAGCAUCAGGUUGGAACGCCGAUAAAAUAUAUGAAAUUAUGCAAGAAAUUUAUAAAGUUGUGAAUGAUAGUUUGAAAUUUUUGGAUGAAGAUAAAAUUAGAGAAUUUAAAUUAAAAGACAAAAACCUUUUCCUAAAUGGUGAUAAUCCUUUUGAUCCUAAUUGUUGGGUCCCAGGCAAAAAGCUCGUAUUUGGUCUUCAAAAUAAUAUAAAUGGUCGAUUUGAUGUGCAUGAUCGUUUAUUAUCAUUUAAAAAACUAUUGAUAGCUUUAGGUGCUGAAGAAGUUGACAAUAACAUUAGAAUGGACGAAAUUCCCGUUAAUUAUUCACAAAAUUUUGCAGAAUAUUUCGAUUGGCAUUUUACAGAGAAACCCAUAGAUUAUAUUACAAUCGAUGGAGUUCAACGUGAAACUUAUGAAGUACUCUUAAGAUGGCUUUAUGGAAUGUCAUAUGAAGAUGCUGUUAAAGAUGUUUUCCCUGAAGACUUUCCAAAUUGUGGACAACAAUAUCUAGAUUUUAUGCUUGAGAUUUUGAAAGUAUCAC